AUGGCUCCUACAACGGCUGGAGCUUCAAAUCAUGAAGACGAUGUUGCUCCAGAGCUUCUCGUUGGUAAUGACGCUGCUCAAGCCCAAGCCUCUCAAGAUGCCUCACAUGAACACAGAAGAGGCUCUAUCGAGGCUCCCACGCCCGCUGCUGCAGACUCCGAUUCUGAUGAGCUCGAACCCAUCACCCGUCGAGGAACCCAGGCCAUGAUGGACGAUCAUGACAGAAACGAAUUGGUACGAAUUGCUACAGCACUGUCCCGUCGUCGUUCCAGUGUAGCCGCUCAGCCUGUUCCCUCAACCACUCUGGGCGAUAUCGACGAGAAUGCCCCGGCUUUCAAUCCCGAGCAUAGAGAUUUUGAUCUUGAAAAGUGGCUUCGCCGAUUCAUCGAACAGCUUAGCGAAGAGGGCAUUUCCGAGAAGAGCAUGGGAGUCUCUUAUCGAAACCUUGACGUCUUCGGUUCGGGCGAAGCUUUACAGCUUCAAGACACUGUUGGAUCCAUGGUAGCAGCUCCUCUGAAACUUGGUCAAUUCUUCAGCUUCAACAAAAAGGAGCACAAGCAAAUUUUACACAGCUUUGAUGGAUUUAUGAAACCUGGCGAGCUUUUGAUUGUCCUUGGUCGCCCUGGAUCUGGUUGCAGCACCCUCCUGAAGACAAUUUGUGGCGAAUUGGAAGGCCUUAAGGUUGGGGAGAAGUCCAAGAUUCACUACAAUGGCAUCACUCAGAAGCAAAUGAUUGAGGAAUUCAAGGGAGAAACCGUUUAUAACCAAGAGGUUGACAAGCACUUCCCCCAUCUUACGGUUGGUCAAACCCUCGAGUUUGCUGCCUCCGUUCGUACUCCACAGCAUCGAAUUCAAGACAUGUCCCGCGUCGAGUACUGCCAAUAUAUUGCCAAGGUUGUCAUGGCUGUCUUUGGACUGAGCCACACUUAUAACACGAAGGUCGGAAACGACUUCGUCCGAGGUGUCUCAGGUGGUGAGCGAAAGCGAGUCAGUAUUGCUGAGAUGGUUGUGGCCGGUUCGCCAUUUACUGCGUGGGAUAAUAGUACACGUGGUCUUGACUCGGCGACAGCUCUCAAGUUCGUGCAAGCACUUCGACUAGCCUCCGAUCUUGGUCACCAAGCCAAUGCAGUGGCCAUCUAUCAAGCAAGUCAGUCUAUUUAUGACUUGUUUGACAAGGCGACCGUUCUGUAUGAAGGCCGCCAAAUCUAUUUUGGCCCUGCUAGUCAGGCCAAGCGCUAUUUUGAAAAGCAAGGAUGGUUCUGUCCUACCCGUCAGACUACUGGAGACUUCUUGACCUCAGUAACAAACCCCCAAGAGCGAGUUGCUCGCGAAGGUUAUGAGAACAAGGUCCCUCGCACCCCCGAGGAUUUCGAGCGACUCUGGCGUCAAUCCCCAGAGUACCAAGCUCUGAUAGGUGACAUGGAUACAUAUGACAAGGAAUACCUUGGUGAGCGGCAGGGCGAGAGCAUUGCUCAGUUCAGAGAACAAAAGAACUUCCGACAGGCAAAGCAUGUCCGCCCAAAGUCGCCUUAUAUCAUCAGUCUCUGGAUGCAGGUCAGGCUCUGUACGAAACGAGCUUACCAGCGAAUUUGGAACGACAUCUCGGCAACUGCCACCCAAGCUAUAUCUAAUGUCGUCAUGGCACUCAUUAUUGGUUCAAUCUUCUACGGUCAACCUGCUGCCACCGUAAGUUUCUACGGUCGUGGCUCUGUUCUCUUCAUGGCUAUUCUCAUGAACGCCUUAACUUCCAUCUCCGAGAUUACUGGGUUGUAUGAUCAGCGACCGAUUGUCGAAAAACAUGCCUCUUACGCUUUCUACCAUCCUGCUGCAGAGGCUGCAGCUGGAAUUGUUGCUGAUAUUCCUGUCAAGUUUGUUACAGCCGUAUGCUUUAAUCUCGUGUUGUACUUCUUGGCAGAUCUACGUCGCCAGCCAGGUCCGUUCUUCCUGUACUUCUUGAUCACCUACACAUCUACCUUUGUCAUGUCUGCGGUGUUCAGGACUAUGGCCGCCGCCACCAAGACCGUUUCGCAGGCCAUGACGUUGUCAGGCGUGUUGGUUCUGGCCUUGGUUAUCUAUACUGGAUUCGCCAUCCCCGUUCCUCUGAUGCACCCGUGGUUCAGUUGGAUCAGAUGGAUCAAUCCAGUGUUUUAUGCCUUUGAGAUUCUGGUGGCCAACGAAUUCCAUAAUCGGGACUUCACUUGUUCCAGCAUUGUGCCACCGUACUCACCUAACAUUGGAGAUUCUUGGGUAUGUAACGUUGCUGGUGCCGUGCCUGGACAGUACACUGUGAGCGGUGAUGCUUUUAUUGCCACAAACUAUGAGUACUACUACUCGCAUGUGUGGAGAAACUUUGGUAUUCUGAUCGCUUUUCUGAUAUUCUUCUUGGCCACCUACUUCUGUACCGUGGAACUAAACUCUGCCACCUCAAGUACCGCUGAGGCUCUCGUUUUCCGACGCGGUCAUGUUCCUGCUUAUCUUCAGAAAGGCGGAAAGCAUGCUGUUCAGAACGAUGAAGCUCCGACCACACCAGAUGAGAAGAAUAUGAACGGCGAAAACGGUGUCCAGGUGAAAGCACUCGCACCACAUAAGGAUGUUUUCACCUGGCGUGACGUCGUGUACGACAUUGAGAUUAAGGGCGAACCUCGACGGCUUUUGGAUCACGUUUCUGGUUGGGUUAAGCCAGGCACACUCACUGCGCUCAUGGGAGUCAGCGGUGCUGGUAAGACUACCUUGUUGGACGCCCUCGCCCAAAGAACAACUAUGGGAGUCAUCACUGGAGACAUGCUGGUCAAUGGCAAACCCCUCGAUCCUAGCUUCCAGAGGAACACUGGUUAUGUACAACAGCAAGACUUGCAUCUUGAGACUGCAACCGUCCGCGAAAGUUUACGAUUCAGCGCCAUGCUCCGUCAGCCCAAGUCAGUAAGCAAGAAGGAGAAGUAUGAGUUUGUUGAAGAGGUCAUUCAAAUGCUCAAAAUGGAAGAUUUUGCAAAUGCAGUUGUUGGUGUUCCAGGCCAAGGACUGAACGUUGAACAGCGGAAACUUCUCACAAUUGGCGUUGAACUGGCCGCUAAACCCAAGCUCCUCCUCUUUCUUGAUGAGCCUACAUCCGGUCUUGACUCCCAAAGCUCUUGGGCUAUUUGUGCCUUCUUGCGCAAACUGGCAGACUCUGGCCAAGCAAUUCUUUGUACCAUCCAUCAGCCCAGCGCCGUAUUAUUUCAAGCGUUCGAUCGCCUGUUGUUCCUCGCGAAAGGUGGCAAGACUGUUUACUUUGGCAACAUUGGUGACAACUCACGCACCCUGCUUGAUUACUUUGAGAGCAACGGUGGUCGCCAGUGUGGCGAUAACGAGAAUCCAGCCGAGUAUAUGCUUGAAGUAGUGAACAAGGGUCAAAACGACAAGGGAGAAGACUGGCACGAGGUAUGGCAUGCUAGCCCCGAAAGGGAGGCGGUCAUGCAGGAAAUGGAAGCUAUUCAUCGGGAGAAGCUCCAGGAACCGUCAACCGAAGGCGGUGCCGCUGUCAAGCACACGGAGUUCGCCAUGCCUUUCUUUACCCAGCUUCAGGUAGUCACCCACCGUAUCUUCCAGCAGUACUGGAGAAUGCCCAGCUACAUCUUUGCCAAGUUUGCGUUGGGUAUUUUUGCUGGUCUCUUCAUUGGUUUCACAUUCUUCGAUGCCCCAGCAACAAUUGGCGGCACGCAGAAUGUCAUCUUCAACACCUUUAUGCUUACUACCAUCUUCUCGUCAAUUGUUCAGCAGAUUCAACCCCUCUUCGUCACUCAACGGUCCCUUUACGAAGUUCGUGAGCGCCCCAGCAAAGCGUACUCCUGGAUGGCAUUCAUCUUUGCAAACAUUGUGGUCGAGAUUCCGUAUCAAAUAUUCACCGCCAUUCUGAUUUGGGCCGCUUCGUACUACCCCGUCAUCGGUAUCCAAAGCUCCGAUAGACAAGGGCUGGUCUUGGCUUUUGUCAUCCAGUUGUUCAUCUACGCCAGUGCUUUUGCACACAUGGCUAUUGUUGCAAUGCCUGAUGCACACACUGCAGGAAGCAUCGUGAAUGUUCUUUCUAUUAUGAGCAUUAUCUUUAGCGGUGUGUUGCAGACAGCAACAGCACUACCUGGGUUCUGGAUUUUCAUGUACCGUGUGAGUCCCUUCACUUACUGGAUCGGUGGAAUCGUCGGAACUGAACUCCACGGCCGCCAAAUCACUUGCUCUGAGAGUGAGGCAAACAUCUUCAACCCUCCACCGAACAUGACUUGUGGAGAGUAUUUGCAACCUCUUCUUGAGCAGGCACCUGGUACUCUGCAAAACCCGGAGGCCACCUCACAAUGCCGAUACUGUAGUGUCAGCAAUGCGGACCAGCUCUUGGCUGGGUCAGGCAUCUUCUGGAGUGAGCGAUUCCGCAAUUUUGGAAUCAUGUGGGCAUAUAUUGCUUUCAAUAUUUUCAUGGCCGUUUUGUUAUACUAUCUCUUCCGUGUCAAGAGAUGGCGCAAGUAG